UGGGAGCGUAGCAGCAGCAUAGAUCUUGGCGAAGACCAUGGCGAGCAGGCACUGGACAAUCGCAUACAUCAUCGAGAAAUACGCUCGGAGACCGAUUCGGUCUAUCACAAUGGUAUGCCGACUUACGCACAGAGCCAUGCUCAUGUGUGUGCAUCUGUGUGUGUGCAGCGGCAGCUCAUGAACAUCACAUCGACGGCACCGUCUGCCCUCAUCAGGAACGCGGAGUGGCUGCGUGAGGAAAUGGCGGUGCGGUUCGCCCAUCGGCUGUGCGACUUCAACAGACAACCGCACAUCGUGGCGCUCAAUCCUCACAUACACCAGGUGAAUGACCAGACAUCGACACAGCACAGAAGACGCAUGCACCUGAUGAGCCUGUCUGUGUGUCUGGUUGGGUUGGCAGGUGUAUGAGCUGUACACGAGUGCGUUCGAGCAGCUGGUGGAGUUUCCUCCCGUGCGUGACGAGGAGGGCGAGAGCAGCUUCACCAAGCUCAUCGAGGAUGUGGUGGCAUCGCAGGGCAACGUGGUGGACCAGAUGCGGCGGGGCGUCAAGGACCUCAAGACCAUCUGCCCGGACGUCUCCAGCACACUCGACAACUUCCUCGAGAGGCUACUCGUUACCAGGAUAUCGAGGAGGUCAGUAAAAGAGGUCACACACAGGCAAGGACCAUGAUUGUUUGAUGGGUGUGUGAUGGUCUUGGUGGCUGUAUAAAGGGUGUUGUUGGAGCAUCACAUCGGUCUCCACAACCCGCGGCCCGACUAUGCGGGUGUGGUGCACCUCCACUGCCACCCCGUCGAUGUGAUAAUGCACGUGGCGGAGCAGGUACGGGGCAUCUGCAAGCAGACCUUCGGCCUCUCGCCACCUGUCAACAUCAAAGGUGAGUCUGAAUGACACGUGUUUUCGCGUCUGAAUGGCGCGUAUGUCUGUCAGGCAACCUCGAGACGACCUUCCCAUUCAUCCCCGAGCACCUCAAGAUCAUCCUCUACGAGAUCUUGAAAAACUCAAUGAGGGCGACGGUGGAGUUCUGCACUCUGGGCAACUCACUCGGUGCGUGCGGCAGACAACACAACACACAGGAGCACCACAAAGACAAGGGAGCUAUGUGCGUCUGUGGUUUGGUGUCCGUCUAGGGUCGAUUCCUGUGAACGACGACGAUCUGCCGCCCAUCGAAAUAGCCAUUUUCAAGGGUCAGAAAGACGUCAUCAUCAAAAUAUCAGACAAAGGUGGGACAACUGCUGGCUGGCAAAGCGGCAGAGGCAGACAGACCACCGUGCUGUGCUGCCUCUGUCUCUCGUGUGUGUGAGCAGGUGGUGGUAUCCUGCCGCAGCGGCUGCAGCGAAUAUGGAGCUAUGGGUCAGCCAUACACACACGCGCACGCACACAUACACACACACACACACACUAAUACAAACACACAAGGCACGGCAGCCAGCGAGCGGGCCGAUGGAUCUAUUAUCAUGGCGUUUCCGUCGUGUGCUGUGCAGCUUCACCACAGUAGACGAGUCGACCGACUCGAAUGCCAGCCCCAGAGAGCGCAGCAGUGAGUUGGCUGGCUACGGCUUCGGCCUGCCGCUGGCGAGGGGAUACGCCAGGUACUUCGGAGGUGACAUACACAUACAGGUCGGUAGGAUGCGAUGCAGCCGUGCACGGCCCACCGACAACCACGCACGCGCACAUUCAGCCAUGGCCUCCUCUGUGUGUGAAUGUGUGUGUGUGCAGAGCAUGUUGGGCCACGGCACUGACACGUACAUCAACCUCAACCACGUGGGCGACCAGCUCGAAGCCCUCGCCGACUGGUCGGUGACGACGCCGCUUCUGCUGCAGCAGGUCGACUGCCACGGCGGCCCGACCGCAUCGGCAGACCCCAGAAAAGAGUAUAGGUACAUCACACCCGCUGGCUACUCACACACAUCCCAACGACCGACGUCCGUGUGGAACGGCUAGACAGACAGACAGACAGAUGGCUGUUGGUGAGUGGAUUGGAUGUGUGUGUGGACUCACUCACUACAGACAUGGAUAGAUACGUACGGGUGUGUAUGGUGUGUCGGGGAGCCACGUGCUUUUUCUGCGGGGCGUUCGGGUGCGGUGUGUGCAGUGUCAUCUGCCAUGUCGUAUGUAUGAUUGAUGUGAUGUGAUAAUUGUAUGUACAGUCAGUUCACACAGGAAGAAUCGAUCUAGCUAUCGCGGGUUGGUUGUUUCGUGUUGUUUGUUGCCGUCACUCGUCCGUCAUCGGUGUGGCUGUGGCUGUAGCAUAUAUGGAUGGAUGUGUACGCGUACGCUGGCUGUGGCCGGCAUGCAAUGCAGUGCGUGGCAUUUACGUGUGUGUGUGGUGGCGCGGGGAUUCCGAUGAAUGAAUGGACUGUUCGCACA